AUGUCUUUCCUACGCAAGCAAUCCGAUUCCAACGGUGGGCCUUCCAUCUUCGCAACCUACCUGACUCAGUCUAUCCCAUUCCGCCGCAAGUCACGCCAAUCCAGUACUGACAGUAACUUCUCUGUCACCUCAAUCAUAUCUCAGGCAUCUACCUCGAGUUCUUCCUCGAACCCAUUUGUUCGGUCACUGACUCCGAAUCCGAUCCCUGCAUCUUCGUCCUCAUCUAUCAUCCUACCUCCCGAGGAUAAAUUCCUUCAUGGUCAUACUUCUCACAUUCACUGUGCCAAGUGCUCAACCGAUUUGUGUCUGACAUCCCAGAUCAUCAGCAAGGGAUUUACCGGUCGACAUGGCCGAGCCUUGCUCGUGCAAGGAAACCCAUCUCACAUACGAUCUCAUACUGCUGCUUUGCCAAAUACAUACCAGAAUAAGAACAUCCCUCGCAAUCUAGUCACAGGGCAGCAUAUUGUCAGUGACAUCUCAUGCGCGAUCUGUGACAGUACACUAGGCUGGAAAUACGUCGAGGCAAGUGAAGAGAGUCAGAAGUACAAGGUCGGCAAAUUUAUACUCGAGACCAAACGUGUCCGUGUCGGAGUUUCCUGGGAGAAUAAUGACAAUGACAAUUUCGGUACCUCGACCUACGACGAGGUUCUGCCGCUCUCCCCACGAGAGUUGAGGAAACUAGCUGAUACUCCACAAAAAUCCGACCAAGAAUUAGAAUUCGAUUCACAAGAUGAGGACGAAUGUGAAGAUCUCUUUGCGGGGGUCUGGAGCCCACAGCUGGCUGCCAAACGUCGCCAGAGGAAACGCGAACGCUUUGGCAGAAAGCCUGUUGGAGGAAGCAUGAGGAGUUUUGGUCCUUCCAGCAGUGUCGAUACUUUGUCUUGA